AAAUGGCAUCGCGUCGCCGAAGGAACGUCCAUUGUUCGCGGCAACUAUAAAUGAAAGGGGCCGGCAAAUAGGAAGGCAGGACCGAAGCGGACUCUCUCGCGAACGGUCCCUCGCUGGAUGUUGCCGAUGUUCCCUGGUAUUUUUAUUUCUUUGAAAACGCGAAAGCUUGCUGUACAUCGAACGGCAUCGAGCAUGUGGUACUUGCUCAUCCUCCACGCCGCAUUCGUGCAUUCCAGCCCCGCGAUUCAACAGCGUCGUCCCUUCGUUAAGGGGCUGUACACGUCGCCGAACUAUCCUCACCGCCACGAGGUGGUGGUGCCGCGGAAGGUGACGCCGGAGGGCGACCUUAUGUCCCACAACGUGACCCACCACCACGACCACGACGGCUCGGAAGUCCAUUACAGGCUGACGGUGGCCGGGACCGAGUACCAUCUCCAGCUGGAAGCGGUCGAUGACUUUAUCGGGCCGCGAUUGGUGGUCGAGAGACGGAAACGCGACAUUCACGUUCGCGGCCCUGCGAAGAGUCGCUCCAGCCGAUGCCAUUACCGGGGCUUCGUCAAGGAUCAUCCCAAUUCGCGGGUCGCUCUUUCAGCCUGCAACGGUCUGGCGGGCGUUCUCCAGGGGGACCACGGGGAGUUCUGGCUGGAACCGGUCGCCGGGACGGCCGCGGCGGCCGCGGCGGCCGCCGCCGGCCUACCGGACGGUCGCCCGCACCUUCUCUUCCGGCGCGAGGCCGCCGUCGAGGUUGGCGCCGCUCGCAGGCGCAGGCGAAAAAGGAAGAAGAAGCACGAGAAGAACUGCGGCACCCGCGAGCCUCGGCGGUUGACGGAAACGCACUUGGAGUGGCAAACGCAGCCCGGUCUCGUGCAAGUGCAAGGCCGUGGACGGAGGAAACAUCCGGCAAAGAAAUGGCAGAGAGCAAAGAGAUCCAUCAGCAGACCGAGGCAUGUGGAAGCGCUCGUCGUUGCGGACACCACGAUGAUGGCCUUCCAUCAAGACGGCGACGUGGAGACGUAUCUGCUGACGAUCAUGAACAUGGUCUCGUCCCUGUACCUCGACCCCACCAUCGGCAACUUUAUCAACGUCGUCGUCGUGAGGAUCAUCCUGAUGGAAGAGGACGAAGCCGAGCAAGGACUCAACGUCACCGUCAACGCGGAUAAAACGCUCUACAAUUUCUGCAAGUGGCAGCAAAAGUUGAAUCAGGGCGACGACUCGCACCCGAAUCAUCACGAUGUCGCAAUUUUGGUAACAAGGGAAGAUAUAUGUUCAAGGGCCAAUACUCCUUGCAGCACCCUAGGUGUGGCACACGUGGCCGGGAUGUGUCAACCGGAUCGCAGUUGCAGCGUCAACGAAGACAAUGGGAUUACUUUGGCUCACACGAUUACGCACGAAUUAGGCCACAACUUUGGCAUGUAUCACGACACGGAGAAAAUAGGAUGCAGUAAACGGGACGGCGACACUCUGCACGUUAUGACUCCAACCUUUGAAGUGGAUACGGUAGGAGUUGCUUGGUCCCGAUGCUCCAGAAGGGACAUCACCAACUUUUUAGAUCAAGGAAAGGGCGACUGUCUCGAGGACGAGCCAGCGGACAACGAUUACUCCUACCCCGAUCUGCCUCCUGGGGCGAUGUACAAUGCGGAGCAUCAGUGCAGACUUCAGUUUGGGGUCAGAGAAGCUUCGGUGUGCUCUCCGUUGGAGGAGAUUUGUUCGAAACUUUGGUGCAUCGUGGAUGGGUCCUGCACCACGAUGCUGCAUCCCGCUGCCCCUGGAACUCAUUGCGGCAAGCACAUGUGGUGCCAAAAUCAAGAAUGCGUCCCGAUUGCCGAUCGACCGAGUCAGAUCGACGGCGGCUGGGGCGAAUGGGGAAACUGGAGCGAGUGUUCCAGGACCUGCGGUGCAGGAGUUUCGAUCAUGGAAAGGAAGUGCGAUCAUCCGGAGCCGGCUCACGGUGGGCAAUUCUGCAUCGGCGAGAGACGUCGUUACAAGAUCUGCAACACCGAUCCGUGUCCGGAUGGCGUUCCGAGUUUCAGAAGCGUCCAGUGUAGCAGCUACAACGGAAAGGAAUACAAGAGGAAGAAUUAUACCUGGCUGCCGUAUUUCGACCAAACGGAGCCUUGCGAGCUGUACUGCACGGAUUCGGAAGAGCGAGUUAUCGUUCCAUGGGGCGAGGCUGCUCUCGACGGAACGCCCUGCAACGUUGGGACCAGAGAUAUGUGCAUCGCCGGAAUAUGCAGAAAAGUCGGCUGCGACUGGACGGUCGACUCGGACGCGACGGAGGAUCGCUGCGGAAUAUGCCACGGCGACGGGACUCAAUGCGAGACCACUUCUGGGCUGUACGACAAGAACGAGGGCCCGGGAUAUCAAGAGGUGGUCGUGAUACCCAUGGGCUCUCGAAACAUCAAGAUCGAGGAAGUGGGCAACAGCAAGAAUUACAUAGGCAUCGGGGUGCCGGGAUCGAACAAGUACUUCCUGAAUGGAAAACGGCAGAUUACCUUAGCAGGAGAGUACGAAGUCGCGGGAACCCCUGCAUUGUACGAACGAGACAGGGACAAGGAGAAAGUCCGGAUACCCGGACCUAUCAAGGAGGACAUCGUCGUUUACUUGAUCUACAGGGGCCAUUACCGUAACUUCGGCUUGCGGUACGAGUACACCGUUCCGAAAAAAGAGCCCGACCGAGCCCCGGAAUACUCCUGGGUGUUCUCGGAUUGGUCCCUGUGUACCGUCACGUGCGGCGGCGGGACGCAGACGGCCCGUCCUCUCUGUCACGAGACGAAGAGCGGAGUGGUCGAGGACCAAUUCUGCGAAGAUUCGAAGAAACCAGAAUCCAACAUCCGAGAAUGUAACCAAAACCCGUGUCCCGCUAGGUGGUGGGUCGGCCCGUGGCAGAUGUGCCCGGUAACCUGCGGAGAGGGUGUCCUGCGCAAGCGGUCGGUCAUGUGCGUCUCUUCCGGGAAAGGUCCCGAAAAGUCCGACUUGGCGCUACCCGAUCGCGACUGCGACAGGGACGCGCGACCCGAAGAGUUCGGGCCUUGUCCGGAUCUGCCGGCCUGUGGCCCGUCCACGGGGGCGCCCCUCUUCGUCUACGGAGGCAGUAAAUACGCCUCGUUCUACAACAUCAGCUCCAACGACCACGACGGCAUCACGAUCGUUAACGGCUUGACCCCCGAGGAGCCGGAGAUCCUGCAAUUCGACAACGUGGUCGAUGGGAACCCGGGCAAUUCCAUGUACGACACGAAGUCCAAGUGGAUGGUCUCCAAGUGGGGCUAUUGCUUGGACGGAAAGAGGAGCAGGAAGGUGUCCUGCCCCAUCUCGGGGGAUUGCGACCCCGAGAACAAGCCACCGGCCACCGAAGACUGCCGCGGUGGAAAAUGGAUAUCCGGGAAAUGGGGAUCCUGCAACGCCACCUGCGUUUCCAAGUCGGGAGUGAAACGCCGAGAGGUCCUCUGCAGAAGCAGGGCGACCAAUCUGUCGUCCGAUGAUUGCAAUCCCGAGAGGAGGCCGCUGGACACGAGGCGCUGCCACUUCCGGAAGCCCUGUACCGAGGAGAGACACGACUGCCAGGACAUUAUGGUACCCGUGUCGAUGUGCUCGACGUACAGGCGCAUGUGCGACGUGUCGUCGAUCGUACGAGAGAAAUGCUGCGCGACGUGUACGAAGAAGAUGCGACACGUCCGACACAAUUGGCGUCAUCCAGCGGAAAACUGAUUC